AUGUCAUUGGCAGAUGUUGAUAACUGAUCAAGAACAAAGAAGAAGCCGCCAGUGAUCAAGGACGAAGAAGAAGCCUUGAUCAAGCAAGGGCUGAAGAAGAUUUCUACAACGAUCAAGGACGACAGGAAGAAGAAAGACGCCGUUGCCACCGGUCUAAAAAAGUCAACUAUGCCGAAAGUUGUAGAAGAGCGGUGUGGUCAUGAUUCUCACCUGGAGAAGAUCCUGACUGUCGUGGUCGAACAAAUUAAGAUGCAGCACGACGAAAUAAAGUCAAUGUUCGCUACCCUUAGCCGCAGUCAAGGCGGUACCGUCCAGGACGCCAGCAAAGAUCAAUACGAUCAGUUGAGCAGGGACGUGCAGAAAUUUGCCUCAGACGAAGAGACAGGAAAGAAGUUUCAAGGAAAUGAAACAUGCUACGUCACCGAAGGCGCGAAUCUAUUAGGAUCAGAGUGGUGCAUCCAGUUGCCGGCCUACAAGAAGUUAAAGAACAAGUACCACUGCCGCAAGGAGACUCGAGAAGAAGAGUUUCGAGCAGAGGUCGUCGCAUAUUUGAAAAAGCAGUACGCCGAAGUUUUCAAGUGCGGACUGGGAAAACGCACGAAGAGCAAAGCAAAGCUAAGCUUGAAGGAGCAGGCAAUUCCAGUCUUCAAGAAAAAGCGACCAGUUCCAUAUGCAACCGCACCGGAAUGGAGGCAGAAAUCGAUCGGUUGGUUGCCAAAGGAGUGA